CUCAGGAACAGCAAAGGAUGGGAUGGCAAGCUCAGGGUCCAGCGCACCGCUGUUCUCGCCAACCCCGAGAUCCUCUCCGACCCGGAAUCAGAUGACGAGAAUGUCCUUCCGGGUGAAGAACUACCCGCUGAUGAAGGCAAGUCUCCCUCUGGCGCGCUCUCUCCGCUAGGCUAGGAGUGUGAGGCGAGGCGAGGCGUACGCAUGGGAACUAACAUACACCCUCCCACAGAUCUCCUCGACGGCGAAGACCCAGAAACAGACGAACUCAUCGUCUCCCACGCCCGCGUCUCCUCCAUCCCCGCCCUCCGCCUCGAACGCUUUCAGAAAGUCGUCCGUCUCUGUCUCCGCCAGAACUCGAUCCAGUCCAUCGACGGCCUCGCCGCCCUCGCGCCUACCCUCGAGGACCUCGACUUUUACGACAACCUCAUCUCCCACAUCCGUGGCCUCGACGACCUCGUCAACCUCACGUCCCUCGACCUCAGCUUCAAUAAGAUCAAGCACAUUAAGCGCGUAAACCACCUGACCAAACUCAAAGAGCUCUUCUUGGUCGCCAAUAAGAUUUCCACAAUCGAAAACCUCGAGGGUCUGGAUAACCUCACCUCCCUCGAACUCGGCUCUAACCGGAUCCGCGUCCUCCAAAACCUCGAUUCUUUGAAGAAGCUCGACGAGCUCUGGGUCGCCAAGAACAAGAUCACCGAGCUCACGGGGCUAGGCGGCCUCACCAAUCUCCGCCUCCUCAGCAUCCAGUCGAACCGUAUCCGCGAUCUGGCGCCCCUCGCCGAGGUGCCCGGCCUCGAGGAACUUUACAUCUCCCACAAUGCCCUCACUUCCCUCGCCGGCAUCGAGAAGAACGAGAAGCUGCGUGUGCUCGACAUCUCUAACAACGCUGUCGCAAGCGUAAAGGGCCUUGCGCCCCUCAAGAACCUUGAGGAGCUCUGGGCCAGUUACAACCAGAUUGGCGACUUCAACGAGGUUGAAAAGGAGCUCAAGGACAAGGAGCACCUGACAACGGUCUACUUUGAGGGCAACCCGCUGCAGCUUAGAGGACCCGCAGUGUAUCGCAACAAAGUCCGUCUGGCGUUGCCCCAACUAUCCCAGAUCGACGCAACCUUUGUUAAGACAUCAUGAUUUUCAGGCACAGCAUUCUUGCAUGAGACCUACGAGGCUGGCGCGGCGUUACAAUGGCGUUUGAUUAGAGAUCUGGGUGUAAGGGCAGAAAUCAGCGGACAUAUAAGGGCCUUUCUUCACCACACGAGAUAAUUCUCGGUAAACACACACACAUACACAUACACGCACAAAGCUGCACUGUGCAUGUUGCUUAGUGUGAUGCAUUGUUCACUGGCGGGCGGCUUCUUCUGAGUUUUGGGUGUGUAAACGCUGCAUGUCACCGACGAGCGGGAUUUCCAACCUGGCUUGGUCAUGACUUUCAUUGUAUUUUAGUGGCAGAUCAUAGUCUUGCCGAGGGAGAGGGUAUCUAGAUA